AGCAUAUGCCCCUUUUCUAGUGGUGUUGGAGCUGCUCGUGCAGGAAAUCUUACCUUCAUGGUUGGGGGAGUAGAGCAGGAAUUUGAUGCUGCAAAAGAACUGCUCACAUGUAUGGGUUCCAAUGUGGUCUAUUGUGGAGAAGUUGGAACUGGACAGGCUGCAAAAAUCUGCAAUAAUAUGCUGUUAGCCAUCAGUAUGAUUGGAACUGCUGAGACCAUGAAUCUUGGAAUCAGGUUAGGGCUUGACCCAAAGCUUCUGGCCAAAAUCCUAAAUAUGAGUUCAGGCCGUUGUUGGUCAAGCGAUACAUACAACCCUGUGCCAGGAGUAAUGGAAGGGGUACCUUCUUGUAAUAAUUAUCAAGGUGGCUUUGGAACAACCCUUAUGGCUAAGGAUCUUGGCUUGGCCCAGGUUUCUGCCACCAACACCAAGUCUCCAGUCCCUCUUGGCUCCGUAGCCCAUCAGAUUUACAGGAUCAUGUGUGCCAAGGGCUAUGCUCAAAAAGAUUUCUCAUCUGUGUUCCAGUUUUUACGGGAAGAAGAGAGCUUGUGAAAUCUUUAUUGAUUAUGGACAUUGUUAGGAAAAAAACUGUAUUUAGACUCUCUUUCAGAUUAAUCAAUAAAUACAUGAGUUUAAUCAAAGAUCAUGAAUCAUGAUCUCACCCACAUUUGUCUUUUAAAGUCACAGCAUUUCAAAUACUGUGGGAAAAGUUAUUUUUAAUAAUUUAUAUAUAACUUUUUAAAACGUACAGUAGUAGGAUUUUAAAAAACCCAGUAUAUUUGUAUUUACAUACAAAAUGGAUGACAUAGUUCAAAAUCACUCUUUUCCAAACUUAUAUCUCCAGAUGGGAUGGAUUUUAAGUUGGAGUCCAAAAGAGUCAGGGCCCACUAGCUUGGGAAAAGUUGUUCUGAACUGUACAAUUAUAACUGAUUAAAGAGACUGAUACUGAACUUCCUAAGUAAUAUACCAAUUUACCUUUAAAACAUAAUUAUUAUAAUGAAGAAUUAGUAGUGAAAAUUUAUAUUAAUUAACGGUUGCAAGUUAUUUGAAAUCUGGUGCUCUUAUGGUUUUAAAAAGACAUAGUAAAAAUAAUUGUGUGCAUGCAUGUUUAACAGUUUUCCCUUACUAACCUAAUUUUAUACAUUUUUUUAUCAUUUUCACACCUUUUCAAAAGGCUCAUGCCUACUUCCCUUACCAAUACCCAGUUGUCUUCAUAUUGUUACAAAUCUAAAUAAACAAAUCCCUUUGAAAUAAAUCUCAGAUAAUGAUCAGUAGAAGAAAUAUCUGGGUUUACUUUGGGGGGUAUUCCCUUGCUUUUAUUACAAUCAGAUUUUGUGCAUACUCAUACCAAUAAAAAUUCAUUUGAAAAGUACAUAAAGAGAAUCAGACCUGUCUUGCAUAAACAAGCAGACUAAGUGUAAAGGUCUGUAGGUUGAUAUGUUCAUUAAAGUUUCCAUUCUUGUUUGUUAAGAAUGCAGUCUAUAACCAUUAAAAUGGAUAACCACAAUCCAGAAUAUAUAAGACCCAUUAAUCUCCUGGUAUCAUAAACUGAGCUUGUGGCUAUACUUCGUUUUUACAGGAAGAAACUCUUGAAACUGUGCAUGAGGAGAAAUAAUAAACAUUAAUCAGAAUUGCCUGAUCACCAUAGCUUUUAACAGAGCAGUUGAUCAACCUACCAAUUAUGGACUCUCCUAUAAAAAUGUAAUGAAUUACCUAACAGAGUUGGGUCAGUUUGGAAUAUGUUCCUCUUUUUUGUUGCUGUCACCAUGGUGUAUUCAGUCCUAGAACAGAAGCAAUAGAAACUUUUUAUGAUCCUUUUUAUAAUUAGCUAUAAUUAUAUAGAUAAUUUCAGAUCACUACUGGGAAGGUUUCACUGUGGUCAAAAUGAACAAUAGGGCAGGAGAAAAAUCACAGCGUGAUUUAAAAUAUAGAGUCAAAUAGAUUGAAGAAAGUUCUCUACUGGUGCUGUAGAUCUGACAGAGAUGAUGGGUCAAAGGUGAUAAACACUCUUGAUAUAGCUGGCACAUAGAUACAUGGAGCAUUCUGGAAUGUAAGCAAUUAGUGUUUUCCGACUAAGAAUGCUGGAAAUGUGGAAUGGGAGAAAUUUCCUCUUUCAUUCUGAUAGGCAAGGCCAUUAAGAGGAAAGUAUAGCCUCUUAAUGAAAGGUGCUUAGGAUGGGGGUAAAAGACUUCUGUUUCAUGGAGUGGCUACCUUACUGGGUUGAGAGGACUGGAUUUUUUUUUUCCAAGCCACUACAUGGUAUUGUUUCUGAAUUUUUUUUACAAUUAGCUAUGCUAGACAAUCAGCUGUGAAUGUGAGGUAAAUUUAAGUGCUUGGUUUUCUACAGUGGUACAAUCUGAAGAAGAACAAAUGCCAUGGUAAGUUAAGAGUCUGUCUUCUUUCAGUCCAUACAUUUUCCAACUCUUAAGGAGUUUGAGGAAAUUUCCAAAACAAUUUUGGUGGAAUAGAGACAGGGAAAGAAGAGCAAGGAAAACUUCCACUGAACAAACCAAAAUCUGUUGAUGUGACAUUGGAUAAUGCCAAUGGCUUCAGUGAACUGUGAACCAUUAAGUCAAUUUAUUGGGGAAGGGGGGAAUCCCUUAUGUGCAUUUAAUCUUGAUGCAGUAUUUCUGUUUCAUUAAAAGGAGUAACUCUAUGAAAACAUGUUGGGAUAAUCCCAGUUAACUACAUAGAUGGGGCCUAUGGCUAAAUAGUUUAGCGCAGAAAAAGUGCAAUCCUAUGCAUGUCCACACAUAAGUAAAUUGAGAUGUCUACUCAGAGAUAAAUCUCACUGAGUUCUGUUCUUUGUUUCCAUCCCAGGUCAACGUGAACAGGAUUGUAGCUUUAGUAACUGAAGUGUCAUCAGUUUUGUGGCAAUAGGUUCUACUGAGAGGAAAAGAAUGUCAACACAAGCUGAAAAUGUGCAAAUGUUAGCUUUGAUAUAUGAACACUGAUUUAUGCUAGGGCAAAAGUGGCAUUUCAGUGCUUUGCCCGGUAUAACCUCACAUAAUACCUUAUUUGAUUUUACAGGCAGGAUUAUAGUUAAGGAUAUGCCAGACUUUUUUUCCCCUUGCCACUACUGAAUUAUGAAAGCAGUUUGUGUAGAUGGCAAUUUCAAAUGAAUCAGAAUAUAAAAUUAUUAAUAAUUUUAUUAUAUUAUAAUUUUAUAAUAAUAAAAUUAUAAAAGUAUUCUGUGGCUGGCAGUCACCUUCAGAAAAAUUGGGAUGUAAUCCAUAAUUUAAAGCAGCAGAAUUGUUUUGUGCAGGAUAAUAGUAUGGGAUUAUGGAAGCUGUUAGGUGAAAUAUUUGGAAGUGCCCUCCUGCUUACCCCAGUGUGAAAUAUGGUUUUAUUUCUGUCUGUGAAGUUUUAUGAUAAGAUUUUGUUGGAAAUAAGCUCCUGUAGUGGCUUGCUUUUUUUUAGCAGAUCAUAUAAAUAUAAAAAUGGGUAUUGGAUGGACUUUUGAAACCCAAACUGAAUUAUGAAAUUAGCAUUUAAAAUGACCACCACUAAGUACAGAUCAUUUCUGUAACAGGCUUAUCACACGUGUGUGUGUGUGUGCGUGCAUGCCUGCGUGUCUGCAUUUUACAAUUUAUCAUUUGUAAUGAGAAGCACAUGAUUUAUUAAAGAUAUAAAAACAUAUUGAGGGAUACCAAAUCUUAGUUUCUGCAAUUUCUUUAACCUGUGAUAUUUAUCUUUUAAUAUCUGGACUAAAAUCUGUAUACUUUGACUAAUGGAAUUUGUAGAUGGAGUUAAAGAAAAGUCUUUAGAUUACUCUUCAUCUUCUCCUUGCCAAUAAUAUAGAGUAGUCAGAGUUAAUUAAGUGAUGGCUACUUGUUGACUGUUGAGGUUGACUGAGCCAGGUUCCCAGAAAAUCCAGGCUUUUGUGAGUAACUGUAGAGUCUAUUAGUUACCAGAACAUGCAUGCAUGUUCUUUCAUUUUAUAGGGCAGUUCCUAUAUCAUUUGAAAAUGUACCUGAUCUUACAGAAAAUAAAGGUCAGCUCACCAACUGCUGAAUUACAGCGACUGUUCCACUGCAGAUAAGAAAGAUUACAUUAUCUGAGAAUAGAAUAUGGCUCUGCAAAUAUUUUUCUUCCUUUCUCUACAUGAUCAUAUGGGGAUCUAUGACAAAGAGUGCUUUUGGAUUCACUUCCUCUGAACCUCUCAACUCCAGCCAUUAAUAUCAGGGAGACUCCAUUCAAAUUCAUACCCAGACUGGAUUACUUUGGGCCAGUUGCCCUCUCUUAGCCUAUCUUGUCUCACAUGUUGUUGAGCACCUGAAGAAAAAGGCAGAGCAUAAAAGAAGAUAGAGAUGAGUCCAAAUUGUGUGGUCUGUAUACUGCAAGAGAGUUAAGAGUACAGGUUACAUAAACUCAAGUGUGCAUAUGAACUACAUUUAGAUUUUGGAUUGGGAAGGGAUAUAACUGGAGGUAAUCUGGAGCAAAGUAAUCUGAACCUUAAGAUAACUUUACAGGUAAUUUUUUUAAUAUUAAAAAAAUUAUAGUGCUUUAAUUGGCAGUAGAAAUGAUAAGGAAACAAAGCUAAUGCACCAGAGAUACCAACUUACUAUUACUGGAAUGGUCUUAAAUAUUUUUGAUCCAAUCUUCAUUGUGGUUUGCUUUUGUUCCAGAAUUUCUUGUGAGUCAUCAACAACUAAUAUAAUCUUAGCUUCAGCACUUCAAACUGUUUAAGGUAUUGAUAUUCCACUUUCCAUUGUAAGCAAAUAACAUUCACAAGGAAGCUACGGAAUUUUAAAAUUACAGCUAACUGAACAAAAUUAGUGAAGGCCUUAAAAAAAAAAAAA